AUGUCCAACUCCAACGCCGACGACGACGAGCCACCCAAAAAAUACACUCCUACGCAGCCGUCGCUUUCUUCACUGCCUGACGACAUCGUUUUGAGAUGCUUGGUCCGCGUCCCAAGAAGCUAUCACCUAAACAUCUCAUGGGUCUCAAAAGACCUAAGAUCCCUUGUUCGCUCGCCUGAGUUCAACGUCUUGCGAUCCAGCCUCCCCAAGAGCUCACUCUAUGUAUGUUUGGAAGAAGAUGAUGAUGACGACAACUCAUCCUUCCACUGGUUUACUCUGAACGAAACAUCAACAACGGAGUAUGGGUUAGUUCCGAAUCCAACUACCUUCCCUCCUCAUAAAUACGGUUCUUCAACCGUUGCAGUGGGGUCAAAGAUCUUCUUCGUUGGUGGAUCUAUAGAACCUUUCACUGAUCUGUGGAUCCUUGAUACCCGAACUGGGAGCAUCACACUGAAAGUGUAUAAGACUCGAUACCUUUCUCAUUGA